AUGGGUGGAUCUUUUUCUCAAAUACGAGAAUCUCGUACGAAACGUGAAUCUUUACACGAAGCAAUACGUCGUAAGGAUGUUAAAAAAGUAAAACAGAUUAUUUACAGUAACGAUCUUGAUGUUAAAAAUGAUUUUAAAUCAUUGGAGUUAGCAACAUUAUACAAUCUGACAGAAAUUGUUGAAUUAUUAUUAAAUCGUGGAUGCAUUCCGAGUGAUAAACGCACAGCAAGAGCAUUUGAUUUAGCGGGUAUUGAAUACAAAGGUCGUAAUCAAUACAAUGAAACAAUUUUAUAUGUGGCGGCAUGUGGUAAUAACUCAACGUUGACAGAAAUUUUGAUCGAAGGUGGCUGUGAUUUGAAUGAAUGUACUCGAUCAUGGACUGCAUUACAUGUUGCCGCCGCAAGAAAUCAUGAUGAUGUAUUGCGUGUAUUAGUUAAACAUGGUUGUGAUUCAAAUAUCCGAGAUCGUGAUGGUUUCAAUGCUUUAAUGUUAGCCGUUCUAAAUGAAAAUCUAAAAAAUAUUAAGUUAUUGGUUUUGUGUGGUUGUUCAAUAAAAUUAGAUGAAUUAUAUUCGACACCUUGUCUAGCUAAACAAUUAAUGAAAUAUCCAGAAAUUGAACGAGUUUUAUGGCAAGAGGUAUCACGUGUUAAAGAUCUGAAAGAAUUGUGUCGGCAAAAAAUAAGAUGUGCAUUAAGCCAACGAUUAUGGCGAAAAGUAAACUUUUUAAAUUUACCAAAAAAACUGAAAGAUUAUGUAGCGUUAAAAGAAUUGUUUAUGUCGUUUGAACAACAACAACCAUCAGUUUUACGUUCUCCAACAACAGAAAUUCAAUCAUUAGAAGAAUGA